AUAUCUGUCCCCAGUCCACGAGGUCACCUCAUUCCCCAUCCUCAGAUCAUGAUUUCUCCUCACACCACCGCGACGCCACCUCAGCCCGCGUAGCCCCGGCCAUGGCUCUGUAGCCGCGACCCCUCUGUGCCCUCGGCCAGUCUCCGCGCUCACCGCGCCUGCGCCCUCCGCUCCUACCUUCUUUCUUCAGCCGAGGCCGCCGCCGCCGCCUUUCCCUUGCGCAGCCAUGGAGUACUCCACUUUUGCCUUGGUGCCUGUCUUCGUCCAGCUGAGUAACCGCCAGAGCCUCCUGCCAGUUGUUGGUGCAGCCUUCUCCAUUGCCAUCCGUGCCCAACGCCCGUGCUGCAGCCAUGUCACUCCUGGCGACCCUGGGGCUGGAGCUGGACAGGACCCUGCUCCCAGCUAGCAGGCUGGGCUGGCUCGUAGACUAUGGGAAACUCCCCCUGGCCCCUGUCCCCCUGGGCCCCUAUGAGGUCCUUGGGGGAGCCCUGGAGGGCGGGCUUCCAGCGGGGGGAGAGCCCCUGGCAGGCGAUGGCUUCUCCGACUGGAUGACCGAGCGGGUGGACUUUACAGCCCUUCUCCCUCUGGAGCCCCCCUUGCCCUCAGGGGUCCUCCCCCCACCUUCCCCACCCCCGCCUGACCUGGAAGCUGUGGCCUCCCUCCUCAAGAAGGAGCUGGAGCAGAUGGAAGACUUCCUUGAUGCCCCACUCCUCCCACCAUCGUCCCCACCUCCCGCACAGCCAGCACCGGCACCGGCACCCGCCCUCUCCCUUGCCCUCCCCCUGCCCACCUUUGACCUCCCCCCGACCCCGGCCCCGGACACCCUCGACUUGCUGGCCAUCUACUGCCGCAGUGAGGCCACGCAGGGGGACUCGGGGUUGGCGCCCCUGUGCCCCCCACAGCAACCGCGUUCUCCUCCCCCGCAACCCUCCUGCCCCACCCCGUACCCCAAUCCUGCCGCCACCCGAGGGGACCGCAAGCAAAAGAAGAGAGACCGGAACAAGUCAGCAGCUCUGCGGUACCGCCAGAGAAAGCGUGCAGAGGGCGAGGCCCUGGAGGGCGAGUGCCAGGGGCUGGAGGCCCGGAACCGGGAGCUGAGGGAGAGGGCUGAGUCGGUGGAGCGGGAGAUCCAGUACGUCAAAGAUCUUCUCAUCGAAGUGUACAAGGCUCGAAGCCAGAGGACCCGGCCUAGCUAG